AUGUGCAAAGCCAUGGCAAGGACCGAAGCCCAAGAUGUGGCCGAAGCCUACGAAGAAUGCGUUUUCCGGAGGUUCGGAGCCAGAGAAAUGAUCCGCCACGACCGAGACCCACGAUUUAUGGGUCGGGUGUUCAAGCACUUCCGGAAGAUGCUCGGGACAGACAACGCGCGACCCUGGCCUACCGCCCCCAUGCUAACGGACAACCAGAGCGACUGGGAUGAGCUGGCGGAAAAACUCAUGUGGGCACUGAACUCUUCCUUCGACUUCACUCGACUCGAUACGCCAUUCUACUUAGUGCAUGGCUGGGACGCCCAAGGCACUAUCGAAGCCGUGAUGGGAGACUUCCCCCGGGACGUCCAACUCCGAGACGCCCAGGAAUGGCGCACGAAGAUCCAACGCCAAGACGAGUACGCCAGGGCCUGGACCCGGGACCUCCACGUAAAGGCCAAACGACGCCGAGCCGAGGACCAAAACCGGAAAUGGAAAUAG